AUGGUGGAGAGAUGUGCUUCACUGGAGCCCCUCUCCUAUGCUGCCCAGGGCCUCAUUUCUCAUCUGCAUUGGGCUUCUGGGAGACUCAUUGCAGGGUUUGAAAGUCUAAUAGAGGCUCAUAUCAAGCGUCUCAGAUCAUGCUGCAUGGCUCAGAUCAUGCGACCUUGUGCGCACUGGACUGGAGAGGCAGCCGAUCUCUCGGGCCGAAGUUGCUCAGUGGCAAUUAACACUAGUUGGGGGCCACGCUACUGCCCCCUUGGACCUGUGGGUGUAAUCCCGGACCAACUGGGAGUGCGCGCUAACACCACAAAGGCUACUACAAACAACAAAAUGGCAGAUGCCGCAGAGGUCAAAUCUGAUAUCUUAUCCAGGCUGGAGAGUAUGUUCAACAAUUUCUGGUGCAAGCUGGAGGAUAGGAUGCACCAACCUGUCCUAAGCCAUUCACAUGAGCGUUCAUUGCAACUGCCGACACCAGACAUGCAGCGGAAGACCACAGUUGCGGCAGUGCAUUGGGCCCCAAAAUAG